AUGAGCACCACUACUCCCGCUGCCGCCCAAGUUGGCGUUGCCGCUCCUCCCAAGCUCGAGAAGAAGCCUGUCAAGUUCAGCAACCUGCUGCUGGGCGCUGGCCUCAACCUGUUCGAGGUGACCACCUUGGGUCAGCCCCUGGAAGUCGUAAAGACAACCAUGGCCGCUAACCGUGCCGACGGCAUGGCAGGAGCCAUCAGCCGCAUCUGGGGCCGUGGUGUCUACCAAGGUCUCAUCCCCUGGGCUUGGAUCGAAGCAUCCACCAAGGGCGCCGUCCUCCUCUUCGUCGCAUCCGAGGCCGAGUUCUACGCCCGCAACGCCGGCGCCAACAACUUCGUUUCUGGUAUUGCCGGCGGUAUGGUUGGUGGCCUCGCCCAGGCCUACGCUACCAUGGGUUUCUGCACUUGCAUGAAGACGGUUGAGAUCACCAAGCACAAGGUGGCGGCGGCUGGCAUCAAGCCUCCAGGCACCAUGGAGACAUUCAUGAACAUCUACCGCCAGGAGGGUAUCCGCGGUAUCAACAAGGGCGUCAACGCCGUCGCCGUACGUCAAGUCACCAACUGGGGCUCUCGUUUCGGUCUCUCUCGUGUCGCCGAGUCUGGUAUCCGCAAGGCCACUGGCAAGGAGCACGGCGAGAAGCUCGGUGUCCCCGAGAAGAUCCUCGCUUCCGCUCUCGGUGGUGGUCUCUCAGCCUGGAACCAGCCCAUUGAGGUUGUCCGUGUCGAGAUGCAGAGCAAGAAGGAGGACCCCAACCGUCCCAAGAACAUGACUGUCAGCAAGGCAUUCAAGUACAUCUACUCGCAGAACGGUAUGAAGGGUCUCUACCGUGGUGUCACUCCCCGUAUCGGUCUUGGAGUCUGGCAGACCGUCUGCAUGGUUGCUCUCGGAGACGUAGCGAAAGAGUACGUGGAAGCAUUGACCGGUGAAGCCGUGACAUCAAAACAUUGA